CUGCUGCUGCUGCCACCAAGCUUGGAGCAGCAGCAGCAUCCUCCCUCCUGCUGCAGCCUGAUUGGUUGGUGACGUUCUCCGGCGGCUCGUCAUUGGUCGCACCUGCUGGAGUAGGCUGCCUCAUCAUCAUCAUCAUCAUCAUCAGGAUAACAGACACACACAAAAACGCAUCACAGCAGCCCCAUCACAACUCAUCCAACAAGUCCCCUGCAGGACAUCCUGGUUUCCAUCCUCCUGCAAUGGGCUGCUCGUGCUGCGUUCACUGACACAAGUGAGUUCCCGUCUCUGUGAUCCCUGCCUCCCGGUCUAUUGAAAAGGCUUCGACAUGCUGCGAGAGAGCUCGAAGGCGUGGAGCAACGGCUCCGAGGCCUACAGCAGCGACCCAGAGGAAGAUGAGGAGGAGGAGGAGGAGGAGGGUAUGGUGUUCGGGGAGAACGAUCAGAACGGCAUGGUGGAGGAGCUGAUGGAUCUGAGCGACCUGCCCACAGCGCUCUUUGCAUGCAGUGUCCAUGAAAGUGUGUUCGAGGAGGAUGUGCACAGGGAGAGGUUUGAGGCGUUGUUUAGGAUCUACGACGAACAGACAACCUUCCAGAUGUUCAAAAGCUUCCGGAGAGUCCGGAUCAACUUCGGCACCCCAGAGGCCGCUGCCCGCGCUCGCAUUGAGCUGCACGAAUCAGAGUUCAACGGCAAGAAGCUGAAACUCUACUUUGCCCAAGUCCAGAAUGGCGAUGAGGACAUUGACAAGUCGUACCUGGCCCCUCCCCAGCCUGUCAAACAGUUUCUGAUCUCACCGCCUGCCUCGCCACCCGUGGGCUGGAGUCAGAGCGAGGACGCGACACCCGUCAUCAACUACGACCUGCUGUGUGCAGUAGCCAAGCUUGGACCUGGUGAGAAGUAUGAGCUCCACGCGGGGACAGAGUCCACCCCCAGCGUGGUCGUCCACGUUUGCGAGAGCGAGACGGAGGAGGACGAGGCGGCGCGGCCAAAGCAGCAGAUCGUCCAGACCAGACGUCCCGACGAGCCCCCCAAAGUCUUCAACUAGAGAGGCCUCCCUGACCGCCCCUUGAAACCCGCGACACACCUGCCCUCUCUCUCUUGUCUCUGCACUCACGGAGAGCGUCGAUGCCCCUCAUUUCAGUUCAACUACAAGCAAAAACAAAACCAACAAACAUUGCUCAACAACGGUGUUUGUGGGGAGCGUGGCGAUGGAAUGAGGCGGCCUGAAGGGGAUGGAUGAGAAUCACACACACACUCAUCACAUUCUGCGGACAGCGUGGGGGGUGGCGGGCACGCUUGCCUCCACCCCACCAACCCUCCUCGUCUUCAACAAGAGGGGUCGAAAUACCUGUCCCACUGUAGGCACCUGUCACUUAUCACACACACUCAGCUCUCAUUGAUAGUCCUGCUCAGCAGCUUGCUGGUUAGUUAGCUUGCAAGCUGUACCUCUCCCUUAGUUUUUGUUUUUAAAAUAAAUUGUGUUUUAUAUAUAUAUAUAUAUCUGUGUGUUUAAUAUAUAUAUAAAAUGCAUACACGUGUUUCUGUUAUUUUUCUUUUUCAUCCAUUUUCACAUCUGGUUUGUCUCUUCAGCUUACAUCAAGAUUGAGUGUGUGAUGUUCCCACUCGUCUGCAUGUAUAUACUAUAUUAGAAAAAAAUACUUACAGAAACACAAGUACUACAAGAUAUAUCGAGAAAAAGGAACCUAUUUAACAUCACACAGCACGAAGCGCCAUAUGUGACUAACAAAGUUGUGGUGGUUGUUUGACUUUUUUCUUUUGUCGCUCGUUUUCGCUUUUUGUCUUUUUUUUAAUUUGGAGAGGUGUUGUUUUUUGCUAAACUACUAGAUGUGUAUUCUUACUAUGUAUUUUAUACCCCAACACUUUUUGCAUGCUUAGUUAUUUCCGUAGAUGAGGAGCUGAGGUGUUUUUUAUUUUAAUUGUUGUUUGUGAUGACAGGGAAAUAAAUGGUGUGACGCUUCUGACGCAAGUGCAUAUCCCCACGCAGAGUUUAAAAGUGACGUCUUUGGGGGAAAAAGCUUAAUGGUUUUUUUUGUAUGAUUGACGGUUCAGUCUUUGGCUUGAAGGCAAAUUUGCAUUUGUCGCUUUUUGGGGAUUUGAUGGAUCAGAGACAGUUAAUCCCCCCCCCUCAUUUCCUUCAAGGGUUUUAGGGAGGUUGUUUUAUUUUUCUCUCUGAUUCCGUUUGUAUUUCAUAUCUUUAAUGUUUUGGUUAUGUCGUUUGAUCAAACCCACUUUCUAUGUGUCAGGUUUUUCAUCUAAAACCUACUGCUUCUUUUGCACUGAGUAUCUCUUGAUAUCUCCAAGCAAUUGCAGGGCUGUCAAGCGUCUACUGCUGCGCGCCUGAUUACUACUGCGCUGCUUUUCUCUGUAAAUAGCUGGGUGUAGUGUAGAUUUGUGGAAAUAGUCCUUUUAGAUUUUGUAGUUUACCUGGAAGCAUUUUGCUGAGAAAAGGGAAUAUUAGGGUAGCCUCAUGAGAUAUCAACCAAAGCAUCUGCUCACCUCACAUAGUGAUGUAUAUUUGUUAAUCUGAGAGAAAUCAUAUUUUCCCAACACAACUGCAAUUACUUUAUUGCAUCUUUAUUUUAUACCGAAAAAUCAUUUUUUUUCCACUUUUUAUGUUGUUUGGGGCAAACUCGAACUAGUUCUCCUCAAAAACCAUUACUUUCUUACUUCUUUUUCUUCUUUAUUGUGCAAUUCUCCCGACAGUCCUUUAUCAGAUUAGCGUGCUUAACUACUCAUUUAAUGAAAUCGUUCUGUGCUUUAGAAGCAACAGGAACAAAUGUUUCUAACAGGGAUUUUUGGGUGUCAGCAGUGAGUCUAAACCUUGUUUGUCAUGACGCAACAUGAAAUCUAACUUCUUUGCUGUUUUAUUUUGCAAAAGUCCAUCUGCAUGUGAGCACUUUAUUGUCAGUGUUUUGUUUCCUUGACAUAAAUUGUCUUUCUUGAGACAAAGUAGGAAGCACAUUGAAUUUCUUCUGUUUCUUUCGUGUUUUUUCUUUUUAUCUCAAGCUGAACACCUGGUUAGCCUUUUCACCAGCAUAUUGCAGUGAGUGAAAACACUUCCUUUUUGCUAGCGUGAACCUUGGAGAAUUUCAGGCCUUUUUGGAUAUAUAUAUGAAAGUGUGCUACUGGAAAACGUGCAGAGACGCAGCACAGUAGGAGGUUGAAAAUGAGGCAGGAUGACACUGCAGAACAAAAUCAAUGUCUUUGUUUUUGUGUUUGUCCGCAAGAAAACAUAAUCUUAUCUUCUGAGAGAGUUAAACAGUUGUUUGAAAUUCAUCGUGUUGGCAGAGUGCAGUUUUAUUGGCACUACAGUAAAGCUGUCGUGGUUAUUGAAGCAGACGGCAGAUUGGUGGAGCUGCUGAGGUGGAUUAUGAUAAAGUGGAAGCAGUGGAACACUUGUGGAGGUUUUUUUACUCUGGUCAUGGUGUUUGAAACUGGGUGCAUUUUGGUCACAGAUGAAAUGAAAAUGUAUAUUUAUGUACAUAUGCCAAGUUUUUUUUUGUUGCUGAGGCCAGUCCCAGUGUGCAGUUUGUUACGGCUUCUCUUUGCAAUGUUGUAACGGGAAAAAAAUAUUACAAAUAAGUGUAACAGUAAGUCCUGCUCGAUCAAAACCAACUGUCAUUGUGUUGUGUUCAACAGUUCGACAUGGACUCUGUUUAAAGGUUUCUGUUACUUUUGGGGAACGUCUACUAAAAAGGUCAAUAAUACACUUUGUCACUGUUGUACUGUUUCUGUUGAAAUAUGAAUAUUGUAUCUUGUAUUGUAGGAUUCCAGAAAACAAAGUAGCAAAACAAGCAAUAAUUUACAGUUCUAUAAUACCGGUAUCUGUAUUUUCAUGGUCUGUACUUACUUCUCAGAGAUGGUCUCUGUCUCUUACAGUAUCUGCUUCUAUUUGUGUAGUAUAAUAGUCCUUUGUUUCACAUACAAUAUACAUAAAGACUUAUUCUUAAAAGCCAUGUUUUGUGUU